CCUUGCGAAGUGAAAGGACUCCCCUCUUCAAAGUAUAUAAAGAGAUUUUAGGUCCAAGUAAGGCAUACAGUCAUCUGUAACUCACCAACCUACAACCAUGUACAAGUUCUUUGUCCUCGCCGCCGCCUUGGCUUGCGCCAACGCUGGAUACCUCGGAGCCCCCGCCGCCGUCGGAUACGCCGCCGCCCCUGUCGGAUACGCCGCCGCCCCCGUCGCCACUUACGCUCAUGCCGCCCCCGUCGCCUACGCCCCGGCCGCCGUCACCUCCCAGUCCUCCAACACCCUGAGGUCCUUCGGAAACUUGGGACAGGUCUCCACCUUCCACAAGACCGUCGACACCCCUUACUCCAGCGUUUCCAAAUCUGACGUCCGUGUCUCCAACCCCGGAUACGCCACCUACGCCGCCGCCCCGGUCGCUUACGCCGCCCCCGCCGUAGCCACCUACGCUCACGCCGCCCCCGUCGUCACCAAGGCCUACGCCGCCCCUGCCGUCGCCACCUACGCCCACGCCGCUCCCGUCGUCACCAAGGCCUACGCCGCCCCUGCCGUCGCCACCUACGCCCACGCCGCCCCCGUCGUAGCCAAAUCCUACGCCGCCCCCGUCGCCCACGCCGGUCUCCUCGGAGUCGCUUACUCCGCCGCCCCCACCGUCUCUCACCUCGCCUUCGACGGAUUCGGAGCUCACUACGGAUGGUAA